GGCUAACAGCUAACUUCCAGAGACGCCAUUAGCUGGGUGAGACACAGCCAGACGCAGGAGCUCGAAAAGCGGAAUAACUCCGGAGUGUGGCCCCGGUCCCGUCGCGUCUGUUGCCUGAUAACGACCGACGUCGGGUUGUGUGCAGCUGUCGACGCGCUCCUCCGCGGAUCCCCCCGGUUUCUGCGGAAGUCGGAAGCCGAUGUGAGCUGCGCAGGACUUCGCAGCGACCCGGGCUAACGUUAGCAGCGCUGGCUCGACGCCGCUUGUUUUCAUUAACGGCGACAACAAAUUAGCGCAAAUCAAACUUCCAGCCAUGGCGGCCGGAGGGGCGGGCGGCAACAGCGGCAAGACGUACUCCUUCAAGGUGGUGCUGCUGGGGGAAGGCUGCGUGGGCAAGACGUCGCUGGUGCUGCGCUACUGCGAGAACAAGUUCAACGACAAGCACAUCACAACUCUACAGGCGUCCUUCCUCACGAAGAAGCUCAACAUCACGGGCAAGAGGGUGAACCUCGCCAUAUGGGACACCGCGGGUCAGGAGAGGUUUCAUGCGUUAGGUCCCAUCUACUACAGAGACUCCAAUGGAGCCAUACUAGUGUACGACAUCACAGACGAAGACUCGUUUCAGAAGGUGAAGAACUGGGUCAAAGAGCUGAGGAAAAUGUUGGGCAACGAGAUUUGUCUAUGUAUAGUAGGUAACAAAGUUGAUUUGGACAAAGACAGACAUGUUUCAGUUGAAGAGGCAGAGAGUUACUCCGAGUCUGUCGGAGCCAAACACUACCACACAUCAGCCAAGUUAAACAAAGGCAUCGAGGAGCUGUUCCUGGACCUUUGUAAAAGGAUGAUGGAAACGGCUCAGGCUGAGGAGAGGCUGAAGGGCAACGGGGCCAGCCAAUCGGCUUCGAGUAGGCGGGGAGUACAGAUAGUGGACGACGAACCACAGGCCACGCCGGCCGGAGGCUGCUGCUCCUCUGGCUGACACACACACUUUUACUUCAACACACACAUACACACACAUUCAUCAGUGUCUCCGUUGUCUGGUCCAUCGGCUCUAAAUCCUAAACUAAUCUGCUGUUUGUGCUGCUAAGGAGCAUGGGAAAUUACUCUUCACUUACUUAAUCCAGCGUGCCCUUACUAAACAAGUCACUGAAGUCGUUAUGAUUGAAACCAGUGACAAGAUUCUCUAAAAGUCUCAUUUUAGCACUUUACUAUCCUCCCAUAUAUGGAAAUACAACAACGCAACAGUAUUUUAAAAACAAAGCAGUGGCCAAUGUUCCAGAAAACUCCAAUUUCAUAUUUAAAUUAUCAUUAAAACAGUCGAACAUUAUUUCAAAGAAGAGUCUCAGGCUUCAGCAAACACACAAACAUGCACACGCACAUGCACACACUGUACAGACGUCCAAUAAACUCCAUAUUCAUCAGUAAAUAUAAACACCAGUUUGUAGUGGAACGUCUCCACCUGCUGGACAAACAUCAGACUGCAGACGAGGUCGUUGCAGGUCGUCACCACGAGGAGCAGCCUACAUGUCCAACCUGACCGCCAGGGGGAGCUGCAGCGGCAUUUAGUCAAUAAAGUUAUUACAAAAUAAAACUUCUCAUUAAUAUAAAACAAACAUGGGUUCUGCAGAACCUGGUUUUAUUUGUUUAAAUUAAACUGCACUUUAUCCUAAUCAAAUCUGCAGAUAAUAUGUCGAACAUGAAAACAUGAUAUUUAUAGUUUAUUUAAAAAAUAAAAAUUUAUAAAGAAGUCAAAUUGAUUCAUUUGAAUUAAUUAUCAAAACAUAAAGAAAUUAAAACGAUAUAAAGCAAAGAAAAGCUGAAAAUUCUUGAAUCUGGGAAUCAGAGAAAAGACAUCAAAUUUAAACUUUAAAUAUUUUGUUCGUUUGUUAAUCGACUAAUCAUCAGAGUUCAAAUCAAUAAUAACGUUUAAUCAGCUGUGCUCCGUCUUUACCCGAAAGUUGAGUCGAUGGUUUUAACAAUAACACACACUUCUCUACAACAACAACAACAACACACCCACACUGUCGCUGCCGGGCAGAGAAACUGUGCAUGUUUGAAUUCUGUAAAAGGCUUUUUUGUUUGUUUUUGACUUUUAAAAAACUUGGUGAAUAAAUAAAAGAGUGAGCAGCGGUUAUUUAAUAAGUUAAAGUCACGUGGCAGUGAUGGAUCUGAUCUGUUCAUGAAUCCUUCUCUCUUCUCGCUGCUGUGUUCGUUUCCUGUUGUUUCUCCUGCAUCAAUCUGCUUAGUGAAGAAAACACACAAAUAACAACAACCUGGACGUUUUGUUGCCUUCGGGGGGGAAGUUCUGUUUGUUAUGGAGAAACAACGACGUGUGGAAAAGGAAAAAAUAUCAGCACACCUUUUGGAAAUGUAAUUUUUUUAAACUGCUAGUGUCAAAAGUGUUUUGUAAAGAUAAUAGAACAAUUAUAACGAUUUACACAACGCGUGGAGGUGUCGCACACAUUGUCGUUCUUUCAUUUUGCACUUUUACUGAGUUUGUUAACGUGUGAUUCACAGACAAACAUGAGCAGUGAUUUUAUUUAAUAACUUGUGUGCUUUAUGGACACAUUGAUAUCUCAGGAUGAAGAAGACGAUCCAGAUCUCAUGGCUUCACCUUUUGCAGCUGCUACAUCGUCCAUCUUUAUUUACAAGUAUGACUGAGGUAGUUUAUGAUGGAACAUAUGUUUCAUCAGUUUUUAAAACAUUUUGGUUAUUUAGAUAUUUUUAAUUUGGUUUAAAGUUGACGACCGAGUCACUUCAAACGAAGAGUCGGAGCCAUAAUGAAAUCUGGAGAUUCACGAGUAAAUUAAUUAUCUUUGCUACUGAUUUCCUUAAAUAAGUUCAAUUUUCCCUUUGAUAUUAUUUUCUCAUUGAAUAACUUUUUUCUUAUGUAACAAAUCAGUCAAAUUACACUGAAGCUCUUUUAGUAAGUUUAUUGUGCUUUAGAUAUAAAGUGAUAUUCUGCAGCAGUUGCCGUUUGGAGUCAGUCGACACACACACACACACACACACACACACGUACAGACACACAGACACACACAGUUUACUGUCUAUGUUUUAUUUGGAAUCUUUUCACCAUCAAACAUGAAAACAAGGACAACUUUUUAAGAAAAUUAAAAACCUGUAAAGUGACUUCUUCCCUUUAACAACACUUUACACUGUAACAGGAAGAGACAGUAACACACAGAACCGACCCAGUCACAUUCAAUACAAAGUGUAGAAUAUCAAAAAUAUUUAAAAAAUAGAAAUAAACUACGAUCUCAAACCAUUCACAGCUGAAUGGAAAAAUUAUUCUUCAAACAAUUCUAUUUGUUUAAACAGAGUUAAUUGCACUUUUAUCAGACGUCUGCUUUUCCUGAACUUAAAGAAAACUAGAAGCAAACAGUGGUUUGAAGAACAUUUGGUUUUCAGUGUGAAAGUUGUUUGUGUAAAGAUGAUAAAAAAAAUUAUUUUAGAGAAGAAUCUGUUCUUGUUUUUCUACACGAUCACAAGACAAAAUAAAGUUUCACAAACUAAAAACAUUUAAAUAUUUUGAGGUAAAAAGGUCAAUUAAACUAAUUAAUAACCUUAAUUUAAAUCUGCUGAACUGGUUAUUAUUUGUCUAUAUGAAAACUGAUCUGGAUUUUCUGAACUUUUUCGAAAUUUAAAGCCGGAAUUCUUUUAAAAAGUCAGAGAUUUGAGUCUCAGUGAAACAUCUUCUCUUUUAUCUCCUGACGUAAGAAACUUUCUAACCAGAAAAGUCUUGUGAUCGUUAGAAAAACUUCAACAAACAUCC